AUGGCGCUCGUCUUACAAGCCUACACCUUUGCCCAGCAAUAUGUCGCCUCGUGUCUUCAUCCCACGCCAACAAAAAGCCCGAUGGGCCUGAAGCUCGGCGUCAUAUCAACUGCUCAGAUCAACCCUGCGGCGAUCAUUCAUCCUGCCGAAACCCAUCCGGAUGUGAUUCUCCACGGGAUUGCCUCUCGCGAUAUCAACGUUGCGAAACAGGCGGCUCAGAAGUACCAUUUUAAAAAAGCCUACGGCUCGUACCAGGACCUUUUAGAUGACCCCGACAUUGACAUUGUGUACAUCUCAACGCCGAACGGGAUGCAUUAUGAAUGGGCAGCCAAAUCUCUGAAAGCCGGAAAGCACGUACUGUGUGAGAAGCCAUUUACUUCGAAUGCGGAUGAAGCGCAUAGAUUGGUCGAGCUGGCAAAGGAGAGAAAUCUGGUUUGCGAGGAGGCGUUCCACUGGCAAUUCCAUCCGGCGGCCCAUCUGUUUCGAGAGAUUCUCGAUUCGCGUAAACAUGGUCGUGUACUGCGAACCAGUGCUGUCAUGACUGCUAGUCCCGGUGUUCCAGAUGGGGAUAUCAGAUGGCAAUAUGAACUAGCUGGCGGCUCCUCUAUGGACAUGACUUAUGCUUUGUCCUUCACUCGCUUUGCCGUCCACGGAUCCAAUCUGAAGGAAAUCCAAUCAGCUGUUGCCCGGCCGUAUGCGCACGACAUGCGAGUCGAUGAAGCAAUGCACUCCUUGCUUCUUUUCGAGGACCCCUCGGACGGCCAUCUAAUCCAAAGCCGGAUCUACACAGACAUGGCCCGGCAGUGGGCCAUCAAGAAGAUCCUACCGCGCAUAUGGGAACUGCCAUCAAUCGAAGUCGAGACUGACAAGGCAAUCAUCUACUUCUACAAUGCCAUGAUGCCGCAUUUGUACCACUACAUUUCCAUCACGGACAAGAUGACCGGCAAGACCAAAUACGAGAAACAGUACCAAGGCGGGCCAUGCUGGGGGGAGGCCUGGACUACAGGCGGCAAAGGCGGCAAGUCGUACUGGAGCACAUACCGCUACCAGUUAGAAGCGUUUACGGAAAAAGUGCGAGGCAAGAAUGUGCCGUAUUGGAUUUCGGGCGAGGAGAGUAUUGCGCAGAUGGAAGCUAUCGAUGCCAUUUACAAGGCAGCUGGACUGCCUGUGAGGCCCUCGCUUGCCUCGCUUGCGACCAAAGCUUGA